AUGUCCUCCUCUCAAUCGACCCAAGAUGGCAAACAGGCAGUAUUCAGAACCCUCUUCCGCAAAAAGAACCCUUCCCCAACCAGCGAGACAACCAAUACCGACGAAUCAUCAUCACCAUCAACAACUUUAGAAACCUUCAAGGACCAACAAUCCAACAUCCUCCCGCACAAUAAACUAAUGAUCGUCUUCCCAACCAUCGCCCUGGCACAAAUGAUUUCCUAUCUAGACCAAACCUCUGUCUCGACCGCCGUGCCUGCAAUCGGGGCAUCUUUGAACAUGGGACCAUCCAUCUCAUGGAUUGCGACCAGUUUCUUGCUCGCGAGUACCAGUGUUCAACUCAUCAAUGGCCGGUUGAGUGAUAUCGUAGGCCGGAAGCCAUUGCUGCUGACGUGCAUGGGUAUCCUGGCGGGUGCGAAUCUGUGUGCUGGGUUUGCGCAGAAUGCGGCUAUGUUAUUUGCCUUUCGAUCUAUUGCCGGUUUAGGUGGUGGUGCCAUGUAUGUCCCCUUCCUUCCCUCGAACCUAGCAAGCGACAUCACAACACUCGAACAACGUGGUAAAUAUAACGGCUUUAUUGGCGCCAUGGUCGGUUUGGGUAAUGGCAUCGGACCCCUGAUAGGCGGCGCAUUGACGCAGCGCGCUUCGUGGAGAUGGUGUUUUUGGUUUAUUGUCCCCGUCAUACUGGUCGUGAUGGUCGUAAUUGCGAUUGUGAUUCCGCCGUCUCCGGUUAGGGGUAAUACAUGGACGAAGGUGAGGAUGGUUGAUUGGUUGGGGUUGGUGGUGAAUCUGGCUGCUGUUGUGUUGGUUCUGAUUCCCAUCUCCCAAGGAGGCUCGACAUAUGCAUGGAACAGCGCCUUGGUAAUCGCUAUGCUUACCAUCGGCGGCCUCCUCAUCAUAGCCUUCGUGCUCGUGGAAUGGAAAUUUGCAAAACUGCCCAUGAUGCCCAAUAAAGUCCGCCUCUUCCAAAGCGACAAAUCCGCAAACCUAGUGCUUCUCCAAGGCACCCUGCACGGCAUCGUCUACUGGGCAAACCUCUUCUACAUACCAAUGUACCUCCAAACCGUGCGCGGCUACAGCCCCAUUCUCUCCGGCGUAAUCAUUCUACCCAUGGUAGCAUCCCACGGCGUCGGAUCACUGGUUUCGGGUCAAAUAAUCUCAAAGACGGGCCAUUACGGGCCUACCAUCGUAUUCUCGAACUGUGUCUGGUUGGUAGGUGUCUCGUUGCAGACGAUUUAUACGAGAUCGAGUCCUGUGUGGGCCAUUUGUUUGAUCGGAUUUCUGCAGGGGAUUGGGAUUGGAGGUGCUUUUCAGCCUGGAUUGGUAGCGCUAUUAGCUCACUCCAGAAAAGCAGAUAGAGCAGUCGCAAACUCUCUUCGGAACUUUCUGCGUAUCCUUGGUGGCUCAAUAGGGUUAACCAUCUCCGGCACAAUCCUAAACAACACCCUCAAAACCCACCUUCAAAACAUCCUUUCCCCCGAUACAAUCAACACAAUAACAUCCUCCGCCUACGCUCUAUCAUCCAUCAAUCUGUCCCACAAUCAAUACGAGAUGGUUAUGGAUGCAUACAUGGCUGGUAUGCAUACUAUAUUUGUCAUGUAUGCGCCUAUCAUUGGGGUGUGUUUUGUAUGUGCGGUUUUGAUUAGGGAUGAGGGCGUCGCGGAGAAAGAUGCUAAGCCACCGGCUGUGCCUCUUGCUGAGAGGGAGGUUAGGGAUGUAAGUGAGGGUGUUUCGGUUGACAGUCCGCCGGUUGGAAGACAGGCGCAGGUUUAA